AUGCCCAGCAAAAGCUCUCGCUCUAGAAAACAUCGAUUCGUGAACCGUAACCGCAGCGGCUGUUCAACGUGCAAGGAACGGCACGUCCGCUGCGACGAAGCGCGUCCCGUGUGCGCGAACUGUAUCAACUUAGGACGGAAAUGUAGCUAUCUAGCACCGGCGCUCCCACUUUGGGACAGGAGACGCCUGAACUCGACCCUGCCAGGCGUACAUAUCCCUUGGCAAGUCUCAGAGUGCCCUGUAGAUCCUUUCAACUCUCUACCAAUAGAAAUGCCUUAUAAGUCACGAGAGCUUCUCCACCACUACGUCUCCGUUUGUGGGGGCACCAAUGAUUUGCGUGCAGAGCCGAAUACUCAAAGCCUAAAAAUCCAAGAUCCAACAGAGCUCCGACUCUCUUUGCUAAUAUCAGCCUUGCACUACUCGUGGAAGACGAAAGAAAGCUGGUCCUUCCAGCCCACCUAUCUCUUCCACAAGAUAGAGUGUAUUGGCCUGGCAAACGCCCACCUCAAAAGCCUCAAAACAACCAACAUAGCUGUGACAGUGCGUCUGAUAUCCACUCUUUGCAUUUUCGAUAGCAGCUUCGGCAACUUGGAUGCCGCAAGGGUUCAUUUCGAUGGCCUGAUGGCAGUCCUAGACCUCAUAGAAGCGCAAUAUGGCAGUUUCAGCGUGCGACAAGCUGAUCAUCAUGACCUCAUUGCUCGAUACAUUGCAUUGGCGCACGAAUUUGUAUACACAGCAACUGGCUAUCUGCACCAACGAGUUGCGAAAUUGACACAACUUAUGGGCUCUGGUCCCAGUAGUAAGCCCAAGGAUACAGGUAUUCGCUUAGACGGUCUGAGGUUGAUCCCUUAUUUUACCGGUGACCCAAGACACGCGAAAAACACACAAGAGCAGGUCAAUCUCUCUUAUGAUCUUGUGCCGCUCAAGGUACUGACGCCCCUGGCCCGGGAGAGGUACUGCAGUCGGCUCUGCUAUUUUAUCGACGAAUUUCUCUACGGAGACGACCCUCCCAGCCUGCCCGCUGACUGCCUCACUAGCAUCAAACAAUCCGUGUUGGAGGCUACCAAAUCGGAAUUGUGGGCUACUUAUAACCUGGGCACAAGGUCACUCGGCAGUUUUCUCUGGUCAAGUAUUGCGCCCGCCGGCUCUAUGUACGUCAAUAAUGUUGAAGCCGAUUUGCCCGCAAACGACUGUCAUGUGUACAGUGAGCUCUAUCUCCGGUUGACAAGGGACAUUGACAGCACAGAGGGUAUAAUGAGGGCUGGGACAGAGAGUCAUAAGAUAUGGCUCUGGAAGGUCUUCACGGGAGCAUAUACUAUCGCUAAGACGCAGCUAGCAGCCGAAGAUGUUAGUGGUCGAGCAGAAGAUGAUAGUAGCCCCUUUCAGAUGUUGCGUCUUUGGUUCGGCCAGCGCAUCCUAAGCUGGAGUCGAAGAGCGCAUGUUGUAGAUUGGAAAGACGCGAGGGAGGCAUUGUCGGCUGUCAGCUGGCCGGAGGAUUCUGCUGGAGCGGGACUUUCUGAAAAGCUCUGGCAGGAGGCUGUCUGGGGCAAUACGAACAAACAACGUUUUAACAUUGAGGCUCUUCUCGUCCGCUAA